AGUGGCAUUUAUGCUAAAUAAUCUUGUUUUUAAUAUGACAAACAUGGUCAUGAUAUUCAUCAAAUUUUCAGGUCAGCAUGUGCUAAAAGGAAAUUGUCCUUUGUUGCUUAGUAAAAAUGGCCUCUGCUUCACAGGAAAUACUGACAACGAAAAUCCUUCUCUCUUACUCCUUCAUUUUUUUGCUGCUCGCAGAUUGUGAAGACAGCUGUUUCUGUGGAUAAUGCCUAUCUAUUCUCGUAUUUAUUGCUUCUGGCUGCUUUAACAUCAUUACAUUGAAAUUAGAACAAUAGCUGAACUUGAAGACAUUAUUGCAAUGGUAGAAGCCCCCAUUUGUAUGCCCCACAAUGAAUAGAAAAGUCUGCUUUUGUGAAAUUGCUGAAUGCAGGUAGUUUGGAGCUCUUCUCAUUUACCCUAAUAAUUCUCAAUGGGGUGAGAAUGGGAAAGGACUGGAAGGUGAAUUCAGCUGCCCUACGUCAGUUGUAUAGACAGAGAGGCUGCUUAUAUCAUAGCCAACGAGAUUGCUUUUGAGCCUUGGAACAUGGGAAACUGAAGCAAGUCAGCAAAGUAAGGCUGGAUAUAUGAGUGGUGCUCAUUUACAUAAGAUAAACCCUAUUUUAUCGAAACUCUAGAGAAUUUUGAACUCGUGUAUUUCCAGCUUUUGGGUUGCCACAUGGGUGGUCUUUUGAUGUGGAGACAUUCAAGGGAAUUGGCUGGGAGCAUAAUGACAUAGUCUUUACUCAAUAUGUGUAUCCUUUCAUCUCUCACCAUUAUUUACUAUUAACAUUUAUAGAUGUUUCAUUUCACAUACAGAUAAACAGGUAACAAACAGUCUCGGAGUGUGACGGUUUUUGAAUCGUUCGAAUGUGCCAACAUCUACAGGGGCUGGGAAAUUGUGGAUGGUGGGUAGCCUAUUUUGAGCUAAGCUGAGCUUUCAAAGACAAACUUGUGUUAUCCAAGGAACAGACCAGUACGCAGAGAGUUAAGAAUAAAGAAACAGAGUUUCGUCUCUAUGGUCCACUACCUUAAUAAGGUACUAUAAGUCAAAUCUAUCCUACUUCGUGCCCGAAAGUAGAACCGUAUGUCCUGGACUUGGACCACUCCACAACUGAGUCGGAAACACAAGUCUUUACUUGCGCGGAUUCUGUUGAUACAGAGCCUCAAGAUUUGGAUUUAACAGGCCAAAAUAUGUAAGACAAAAUUUCAAGUUUGGUCUUUCAAUCUGGUGAGUGGCUUUGUGUAGCCUAGAUACGAGGAAAUCGUGAGAACGUUGUUUUCUGUAAUAAUAAUUAAAUAAUUACCUUCAGGAAAUUGACUUUUACGGGCUCUUAAGUCUCAUGUGGGAAACAUGUAGUAUAGCAAAUUGCUUUUCAUUUUGUGGCACGUCUUUGUUAAAAUGCUCUGGCAUUCCCGAAAUAUUUGCUCUUUGCUUUCAGCUUUCUGAUCAGCUGUCUAUUUUUCGUAAAUAUAUUAGUAAACUUCUUCUUCUAAUAAAAUGUUUUUCUUAAAUAGAAUGGGUCGGGCUCAAAGCGAGGAUUUCAAUUCCUGAAAUGGCGAGACAUAUUCUCAAAAGAUGUUCAAGCUUUGGCAAGAGAACAAAUGGCUGUAAUGAAGAUGGUCUCCCUGAAGACGUCCCAAAAGGCCAUUUCGCCGUCUACGUCGGAGAAAACCGAAGCCGAUACAUUGUCCCGAUCUCGUGGCUAGCCCAUCCACAAUUCCAAAGCUUGCUGCAGAGAGCAGAGGAGGAGUUUGGUUUCAACCAUGACAUGGGAAUCACUAUCCCUUGUGAAGAAGUUGUUUUUCGCUCCUUAACUUCCAUGAUUAAGAUCAGAUGAAGUUCAAACAAAUACAAAUACUCAUCAUUUUUUUCUUCUUUUAAGUUGUUUGAUUAUUAGUAGGAAAAAGGAAUUGGAAGGAGCCAAAUUUGCCCUCCUCCUUUUGCUGGAGUUCUUUUUUAACACGAUUGACGUAAAAUCAUCUUUGAUCAUAUAUUGUAAAAAUUUGGUUGUACAGUUUUUCAAACUGUAAAGCUAAACCGUAUAUCAUUUAUCUCUCUCUCUCUCUCUCUUUUUGGUGUUUAAGAUGAAAUGCCAAAGCGUUGCAAUGGAUUUGAUUUUUCUA